AUGACCCCCAAUUCAAGCCAGUUCCCACUACCCAGCCCUGACCUAGCCUCGACUCCCCCACUCAACCCCCACUACCCUACCCACAACCUGCUUAACCCCACUGUGAACAACAACAGCUUCAGCACGGCGCUCACCUCCCGCCGCCCGAUCACGCUAGACGACAUCGAGCCCUCCCACCGCGAGGACGUGUGGCGCCUCCUGGGCCUCCUGCCGGGGGGAGACAGGGGGGUGAAGAAGGUCGAUCCUCUGCAGCACAAAGGAUCCUCAAGGACCAACAAUGGCCAGGCCUCGACGGGCUUGGGGGCCGUCAAAUCCAUCGAGAGUGGGGGGGCGUCGACGAGGGCGAGGGGCGGACUCAUGAGGGACAUGUCGGUGGACCUCACGAGGGACUCCUCGCCUGUCUCCUCCCUCACCUCGUCGCCGCUGAAGCAGGAUGCACUAAAGGAAGCACAAGGAAAAGAAGAAGAAGGAGGAGGAGCAGUGGGCUCCACGGGGGCCUGCCCCUCCGCCAGUCUUACGCCUCUUGAGGGCUCCGCCGUCAGCAACCACAAACACGGUGUCCGAAGGCACCAUCAGCUGGUGAGCUACACCUCCCUGCCCUUCGACGGCGCGGGAGGAGGAAGACUUGGGGGAGGGCUAGCGAGCCUGUCCCUGGACCCCACCUUCUCCCCGGCGUCCCUCCUGUGCGUGCCCGUGGCGUGCCCGGGCAAGGAGACCCUGGCGGUGCUGGCCUGCCUCGUCGACAAGACCUCGGAGAUGGAAUUCGACCAGGAGGACGUCCUUACCGUGCAGGAGUGCUUCAAAUACACCAUCGGGAUGCUGGUGAACACAUUAACAGCUGAACGUGAACAUCGUCUCCGCACACAGUGUCAGGCUCUGCUCAAUGUCGCUCAGAACCUCUUCACGCACUUAGAUGACGUCACGGUCCUGCUGAGAGAGGUGAUGGCGGAGGCGAGGAAGCUGACGGACGCGGAGAGAUGCUCGCUCUUCCUCGUGGACAAGGACAACGAUCAGCUGGUGGCCAAGGUCUUCGAUGGAGAGAGGAAGGAGGAGUCCGGAGGCGAGGUCAGACUGCCGCUGUCCCAGGGCAUCGCAGGUCACGUGGCCACGACUGGUCGCCUGCUCAACAUCAAGGAUGCCUACGCCCACCCGCUCUUCUAUAAAGGCUUUGAUGAGUGCACGGGAUUCAAGACCAGGAACAUCCUCUGCUUCCCGAUCAAGGAGGAGGGCGUCGUCCUGGGUGUGGCCGAGCUGUGCAACAAGACGUCGGGGCUUCACUUCACCCGCUUCGACGAGGAGCUGGCCACCGCCUUCAGCAUCUACUGCGGCAUCUCCAUCAGCAACUCCCUGCUGUACAAGAAGGUCUUCGACACUCAGGUCCGCUCGAAGCUCUCCAAUGAGCUCAUGAUGUUCCAUAUGAAGAAACUAUCUGAAGGUAUCUUCCGAGUAAUUCUUGUUGUCCCAGUAAUACAGGUGUUUGAAGAUGUAUCCUCCUCUAUAUCCUGUCCUUUCUCCACUGCACCAAUGUUGUUCCAAGAAGUGCAAGGAGGUCGUUGGGAUCACUGUGUCUCAUCGCCUCUCAUCUCUUUUUUUAUCACGCUGCGACCUGAAAUCCGCUACAAAGCCUGCACAAUGUAUUCCAGAGUGAUAUCUGAGAAAGCUCAGCUAUUUGAAGUUGAUAUCUUAUUCCUUUUAUUGCAAGAUUCAAUCUCCUUUGAAAUCCACCCACGCAGUCCUGAAUCCACCAUAUGCAAGGAUCAGCAGUCUGCCCAUGCCAUGCCAUUUACAAUCCUGAAGAACCAUUUUGCCGAUGAGAAGCUAGUUCAUAUGACAGAGGAUGCUUUCGUCUCUCGGAAGUGA